UUGUUGUGGUGUCAUAAACUACAUCAUCAUUUUUGAUAAUUUAUAUCAGACAUUGUUAUUGAACGUGAAUUCGGCUUGUUAUUUAUUAUUAAAAGUAUAUAUAAUAACACAUCAGCUGACAGACAUAUUGAAUGAAAAAAAAACAAAUGAGAAAAAAUUUGAUUAACAAAAUCGAUUCAAGGUCUAACAUUUUAUGUAAAAAAAUCACUUUAAUGAAUAACUGAACUGACAUACACAUAAUAUAAAUUGAUUUUCGACCUUCAUAAUGUAUUAUGUAUAAUUAAUGUAAAGCAAACUAUUUAAUUUAAAAUGUAUGUUCGUUGAAUGUUGAUUGAAACACUAAGAAAACAUAAUAUAUAUGUUCUUGUUUAUAUAUUGUUGAUUAUUUUAUAUCUAUAUCAUUGCGGUGGGUUAUUUACUUGUAUAACGUGUAAGCUACUAGGUGUUCGCUAACAAAUUUUUAAGUAAUAUAUAAAUAGUUAUAAUGUUACGUUUAUAUUAUUUGUUCUUAAUUUAAUGUUGUCGUUACAAUAUUUUCUAAGCUAUCUUGUUUGUUAGCCUGUUUACCCUGAAACCUUUUUAAAGUUUAUCAACUUAGUAAUCAAAAUACAAUAACAUGUUGGCAAAAUAUGUUGUCAUACAAUGAAACCGACUGAGCCGUUUGACCAACGGCUCAGUCGGUUCAUUAAAUAUUACACAUUUGCCGAUCUUAAUAAUUUCUUAUUUGUACACGAACCAACGAAAUCAACCUAAAUAUGUGAGUAUGCAACCACAUCUCGCGUGGACGUGUCGUAAAUCUGCCAAACUUGGCGAAACCUCCUCGCCAUUUGGUCCUUGUUUCCUGUCGGCAUCUCGCAGUCGCAUGCAUCUGAGGAAACUAGAAUAUUGCAAAGUACCAUUUAGAUCCUAAUGAAGGUAAUUAAAGGAAGUACUGGAAAAGAAGUAAGUUUUAAAAUCCAGAAUUCAUGGCAUCAGGACUUUCAUGAAAUCCUAUCUUUUUCUAUCUCGCGAGAUCUUCAGAAUUGCGUUUUUGAUUCUUUCACAGCGAAUUAAAACUACAUACCCGUUUAGUUGCCAUCCAAGUUCACUGUAAAGUUAACCUUGCGUGUAUUUUUAACUCAGACCUCUCUCAGAGCUGACCAAUUUCGCAGAAUCGGCAAAAGUAAAGUUCCCGAGGCGUUCACAAUGUUGAGCCAUUAAUUUUUAUUUGUUUCUCUCUCGCCAUGUGACCCCGCUUCCCCGAUACCCCACCUGCCCCAGCUCCGGUGCGAGUGGAGCAGGAAUGGCGCCGUGUGUCUGCCGCUCCACCGCCGUUUUUGUGCCACCGUUACGGGCAGAGGUGCUGCAGCUACACUUGCUGUGUACGGACAACAGAGCAGAACUCUAGAUGUAGUGAGGGCGGCGAUGUGCCACUAUGAGGGGCGUCACUACGCCGAGGGCGCGGUGGUACCGGUGCGCGCUCCCUGCCUGCGCUGCCGCUGCGGCCGCGGCGCGGUGUCCUGUCGCCGCCGCACCUGCGCUGCGCCCCGACCAACCUCCGAAUCCUGCCAAAACGAAGGCGGCCGGGACCCCUGCUGCUCGCACAUGUACUGCUCGGGUCAUCAUACAGAUCUCACGGAUAUAGUGGAGAGUUUGCCCGACCCCAUCACCAAGUACGAGGAAGUUUAUCCUGAAGUGGUCAAGUCUCACACACACGAGCACCCCGUGUGUGUGGAGGAGGGCACGAGGUACGCGGCGGGCUCGGCGAUGAGCUCGGGGACGUCAUGCGAGCAAUGCUUCUGUCUGGGAGGAGCGCGGCGCUGCGUGCGGCCUCAGUGCCUGCGCCCGCCGCUCGGCUGCCGCGCCAACUCUGCGCCCGGCGUCUGCUGCCCGCAGCACUACCACUGUGACCACUCCACCACCAAACCUCCCAUACAACACCACCUGCACGAUUGCCAGGUGGAGGGGCGGUGGGUGUUGGAGGGAGAGCGCGUGGCGUCUCCGGAGGGCGUGAGGUGCUCGCAGUGCUUCUGUCUGCGCGGAGCCGUGCGGUGUCAGGCGCUGGCCUGCGCGCCGCCGCUGCUGGGCUGCAGGCCGCUGCUGGAGGCGGGCCAGUGCUGCCCUCAUCAGUACCAAUGUGUCUUCCAACAACGACAAGGCUUGCCAGAUUUUCACACUCAACCCAUAUCGGAUAACACUUUGAGCUCAUUUCAAAAUAGAGAUCGAUCCUUCCGCAGCGCACCGCCGAUGGCGCAAUAUAAUGUGACGACCGCAUUGUCCAGCACUGUAACGGAUAAAACCACGACCUCGUUGAUGGUUGAUGAACACGAUUCAACUGCGACGACCAAAGUUAAAAGAAAAACUAAUGACUCAUCCACACAAACAACGAGUAAAGCCACCGAGAGUCUGACUACGUCGACGGCAACCGCACAGACGACGACCAAAGCCGUCCUCAGCACGGACAGAACGACGUCGCUGGGUACGGAGACCUCGACACCCGAGGAGGACGCCAUGGAGCAGCCCGAGAGCUCCGUCAAAAUUAUCAUCAACGGGACGAUUAACUGUACGGCCGAAUUAUCUACAACCACCAUAACUAUAAACUCGACCAGCGCCAACGAGACCGAAAAAUUAUAUUCGAAUAUAGAAAACAUCCAACCGCGAAUACCUAACAUAGCGCAAAGCAUCGAAUCUCACACAUACAACCCGAACGAUAUCAUCACUGACAGAAAUUACAACGAGGACUUUGAUGAAAAUGAGUCUUACAUCAUAAACGUCACCAGUUCUCUGAUCAGCUCGUUACGCACCAACAGCACCCUCAGCAGCCCCGCGCCCGCACACAACAAGGUGACCGAUGCGGCGCCACCUGACUCUGCUGCUUCUCAAAACAACUCCAAGAAAACUAAGGACGAGUAUGACUAUUACUACAAGAAGCCGACGUUACCUCCUUCGUUACCUAAUUUAAAGAUCAUUCCUUUCGUUGCAGCGGACGCCGUCGUGGACGAUGACACGACGUCGAAGAAAAGUCACGCGUAUCCCGUCCUCCUUGACGGACACGACAAAUAUCCCGUGUACUAUCCGAGCGGGGAGGGGAAGGACGUUCCGUUCGCGACGAGGCGGGAGGACUCGUAUAAUCCCACACAGUUUCCCAUAUUUUUAUCAAAAAAGAUAGAAUCGGCGCAGUACCCGCUGUCUGCACACGAGGUACAUCUCACGAACGAGUACCCCAGUAAUGGAGACAUAAUAACAUCAGUGCAGGAGUACAGCGUCACCACCGCACUCGGCAACGACUUGCCGCACGCGAACAGACCCACCACCAAACUGCCCGGACACAACAACAAGUUUGAUCUGGAUACUCCCGUCGUCAAUUUGUUCUCCCCUCCGGUGGAAACUGAAGGAGGAUUCGUUCCAAAGGAUCCCCACAUCAUCGAUGACUUUUAUGCCUUGUACACCACCAGCCCGCCCCCCUCCAUUGUGCCGCAUUUAACUACUUCCAUGCAACUUGAUACUUCCAAGGAAUGUGUGUCGGAAGAUGGUCAGAGGAUAGUAGAAGGAGAAGCGAUCAGGUCAGCGUGCUCGGUGUGCACGUGCGCGUGGGGCGAGGUGCGGUGCGCGACGCGGCGCUGCACCGCCAGCCCGCCCGGCUGCAGCAGGCGCCCCGCCGCACACUCCGCCAUAGAUUUAUGUUGCGGCGAUCUUAUUUGUAAUUCAGGAAACAAGACCACACCGUCUCCACAAUUUGUGUCGACAAGAAGUGUUCCUGUGACGCUACUAUUAAACAAAUCGCAAGAAAUACCGACAAAUAGUACUGAUGCAUUUACGGAGUUAAGUAAAGUAGACCAUACUACGCCUCGAUCUUAUACACGGACGACAGCUUCACCUAAAAUAACUACAAUAUCCUCAGCGGUGAUAAACGAGGAGCAGUUGAAAUCAGAAGUGACCAAUGUUAAUUUGGAACAAAGUUCCACAGAAAAGAACGAGCAAAGCGGCAAAGCCACAACAGUCGCAGAAGAUUCCGAAAGGGACAGUGAAAAUUCUCAGGAAUAUGAUGACGACACCGAUGAUGAUGAUGGAUUCUCAUUGGGAAGCGUUUUAAAACUUUUGCUGAGUGAAAGUUACGCGACGACCACGGCUGCAUCGGUGAAACAAUCAACAGUGCCGGUUACACAAACAACAAAUAUUGUUACUAAAACAACGCAGGCGCCAACAACUACAACAACAACAACGAGAAGAUCCUCCACACCGCUCGUUUCGAUGACAAAUCGUCCACAAUACAUGCCAGUAAAACAUCAACAACCACAAAGUGCAAUAAACCGUAUCGACCAUUUGAUUCUGGGUGAAUCGAGCGCUAUUAAGAAGAUGACUCCUCGUCCCGCCACGGUACCGUUUAAACCGAUUCCGACCAGAAAGCCCGCGCCACCAAAAAUAUCCACCACCGACAAACCGAUUAUCACAUCGAAACCGGUUCAAGUUACCAAAAAGACUGAUUAUGUUCAGUACACGUCCAUUACACAAGAGAAUGUCAGACCGUCCACUUCGAAUCACUUGAGCGGUGGUCUGGGUCCAGGGUUCUUGAAACUUGCCGGAUGCAACAUCUACGGCAAAAUGUAUCGCGUCGAGAGAAUAAUAGCCGAGCUGUCGUCCUCGUGCCAGGAGUGCCGCUGCACGGAGCUGGGCGUCCAGUGCCGCCAGCUCGGCUGCUCCGACACCACGGGAUGAUCACCUGCACACAUUCACCAUGAACUGGUCGCUUAUGUUUACUGGAUUAGUUAGUUAUUGUACAGAGUGCGAUAGAUUUAGUUAAGGCGUUGUCCGAAAUCAUUCAACAUUUCAGAUAUCAGAUACGUAGGAGCGUGUAAGUGCGACAGAAAUGAAUUAUUGUUUAUGUAAUAGGCCACCGACAGCCGCUAGCGUUGAUCUCAAACAUAACUAUAUCAUAGUAUGUAUAAUACUUUAUUCUAUUUUGUUUGUAUUUUGCACAAAAUGAAAUGAUACGGCGGCGAAUAUUUAUUUGGUAAUCUCCGAAGCAAAGAGUUUAACAGAUAAGAAGCUGACUUGCCAAUGUGUUAGGUUAAAUAAAUACUAGCUUACUAUAUACGAGUACAUACGUAACAAUCAAAGAAAUAAAUUAU